AUGGACGACAAACAACUGCACCUGAGACAACCUGCAUCUUCUGCCCCUGCAAGUGAAACUCCUUCCUCCGUGGGGGACAUAGAUGCUGUUGUAUCGCCAUAUUCACCGGAAACCGUUGUACCAUUGAGUGUGCGAACUGAAAACGACAACAUGUCACAUGCGCAUACAGCGGUACAUCACGCCCACCCGGAAUCUUUAUUGCAGUCAUCUCAUUUGAGUCAUGGCGAGAGCGGCAUGCAGACUAUUCAACCCAGUGCAUUGACGGUAGGCAAUGUCGAGGAGCACCAGCCAGGAUCUGUUCGUCUUGGACCAGCCGAAUUUGCCGUGACCCUUCCUAUGGAUUCACGAGUCAAGGACGAUUACGAGCGUGUCCUGACCAGCGCAGCUCCUGAUAUGCAAAACUUUUUAUCUAAACUUAACUCUCAUUCUUCCGCAUCGGAUUAUGAGCGAGAGACCUUGCAGUCCAAGAUAUAUGGUGUCAUAGCCCGGUUGAACAAUGUUGCAAUUCAUCCCGAUUUGAACAUAUCUCAUCACUUGAAAGACCCAGAUUCCGAUCUUGAGAAGCAAGCCUCCUGGGCUGAAUAUUCAAGCACCAAGUUUCUUUUGCUUGGAAAUUUGAUCGAGCUUGCGAGCACCCAUGAACUCCAUGUCAUUCUUGCAGUCGAGAAUAUGGAUAAACAGGUUAUUGUUGAGCGUUACUUGCGAGGUAAAGGCUUUACCUACACCCGGCCCCGGGAAGAAUUGGGCGGUAAUCUGGAGGUUUCUUUGACUCGGGGGCCCCUGAGCUUCGGGGUUCAUUCUAAUGAUAGCGUGCGAGAUCUUUACAGAGCGCCAGCUGCCAUUAUUGCGCUUGAUACGGCAUUUAACCACAAAAGUCCCGCUGUGGAGCACUUAAGAACAACCUAUACCCGGAACAGUGGUUUUCUUCCAGUGAUCUGGCUCAUUGUUUCCAACGCAUGUGAGCAUAUUGGGUGUUGCCUGCCAGAUUUGCCGGAGUUAGAACGAUUGCAAUUCCUAUUACACUACACUUCUCGCCUCCACGAUGAGGUGGGCGACCUUCAAGAUGAUGCCCUUGGAGUACCAGAGCAUGCCGAAGAGAUUCUCAACUAUCUUUUACACAGCUUUGCUGCAUGGCAAGUGCCUCUAAUCGAGCCCUUACACUUUCUCUCAUCUGGGGAAAUGGAAUCAUCAACAUCCUCAUCUGAUGAGUCCCAAGGGGCGGCCCAAAAGCGCUCUUUACCGGAGGAUGAUCACGAUGAAUACCAGUUCAAGCGCACCAAGGUCGAUUAUCAAGACCCCAGUCAACUUACCCAAUCGACUAAGGGAUCCAGCCAAAGUUUGGACCGCGACCUUCAGUCUCUGGAACGAAACCUCGUUCAAAUGAAAAACACCCACGCCGCAGAGAAAGAGCAUUUAGAAAAGGAUCUAAAUGAGAUGCGAUCGCGAUUCCAAGACAUGGAAAAGGCUUUGUCUACCCUCCAACAUCGAUAUGAAAGCCGGACGAGCGACCUUCACAAGACUAGGCAGGAGCGUGAUAGUAUCACUAACUCUAAGGCAUCACUGGAACAGCGGGUUGAAAAGUCCAGAGAAGAUGUCACCAAAUUAAAAGAAGAGCGGACUCAACUACAGGCUGAGCUUGAAGCGACUCGUCAAGAACUAAAGGAGGGAGGCGGCACAUUAGCGGAAAUUGAGACAGCUCGCGAAGAAAAUCGACGUUUAACCAAGGAGAUUGCGAGUCUUGAACGCAAGGCCGAUUAUGAACGAAACCAAGCGGAAUACACCCGUGAGCAAUAUCAGACUGCUUCGAAUGCAGCAGCCCAAGCCGGAAAUGAGCUUCGCCAACUUCAAAGCGAGAAUGAAGCGCUCAAGCGAAGGGUCGAGAGUGAUGUCUGCACAUUACGAGAAAUCACCAACAAGAGCGACUCGGAGCGUCAUAUUGCUCGCAUUACAGAAUUAGAGCUCACCCUUGUCUCUCGAGAUGAUUUUAUACGUAAGAAAGAGGACGAGCUGCGAGAAAUUCGCAAAAAUCGCCCUUCUACGCGCUCCACCAGCACACAACCCCGCAGUCCUAAGUGGGCCGCGGCAAGUCGUCCCACUAGCCCGGGGGUGAAUAAUGGCAACGGAAAUGGGAAUGGCAACAAUGGCCUCGCCGGCCGAGGCAGCGGCCUACGCUACAGCUCCGAAGUUUCACUUUAG